UCUCUCCUCUUCCCCUCCAAGAAUGCAACAGCUCUCCGAUAUCGACAUCUCUCUCGCGGUUCGCGAUCGCCAUUGAAGAGCUUGCUUGAAACCCUAGAGAGCUCGAAGGUUGGAUGAGAGUGACGCAGAGAUGACGAGGAGAUGCUCGGCGUGCAGCCACAACGGGCACAACUCGAGGACGUGCCCUGGCCGCGGGGUGAAGAUAUUUGGGGUGAGGUUCACGGAUGGGGCAAUCAGGAAGAGCGCCAGCAUGGGGAACUUGUCUCACUACGCCGGAUCGGGCUCCGUCGGCGGUGGGAGCUCGCCCGCCGAUGGCCCGGAACAUGGCGGCGCUGCGGCUGAUGGUUAUGCGUCUGAGGAUUUCGCACAGGGGUCUUCAUCCAGCUGCCGCGAGCGUAAGAGAGGGGUACCUUGGACUGAAGAGGAACACAGAAUGUUUUUAAUUGGAUUACAAAAGCUUGGAAAAGGUGACUGGCGAGGUAUAUCACGUAACUUUGUGGUUUCAAGAUCACCUACUCAAGUUGCUAGUCAUGCUCAGAAAUACUUCAUCCGUCAAGCUAAUGCCUCUCGACGAAAGAGACGAUCAAGUCUCUUUGACAUUGUACACGAUGAAGCUGCCGAUGCUCCUCCCUGUACGGUGACUGGAAAAGAACCCACCACACAAGGAAACAAUCCACCUUCAUGUCCAGAUGAGGAAUGUGAAUCAAUGGACUCAAAUAACAUUGAAGAAACUCUCCCAAAGCCUGUAUGCCCAAUGCCAGCACCAUGUACUUAUCCAAUGAUAUAUCCUGCCUACUUUUCACCCUUCUUUCCAUUCCCUCAUCCCUGUUGGCCUGGUUAUAUCCAAGAUGGUGCAGAAAAAGAAACACAUGAAAUUGUCAAGCCAACAGCCACACAUUCAAAAACCACCCCUAUAAACAUUGAUGAGCUCAUUGGCAUGUCAAAGCUAAGUAUCGGUGAUUCAACAGGCCAAUCACCGUCCUCUCUGUUACUGGGACAAUCAGAUAGGCAGUCUGCUUUUCAACCCAAUCUGCCAUCAAGGGAUGCAGCCAUGAAUUCUAGCACCAGUCCAAUCCGUGCCGGUUAAACUUGUCUUGUGAAGUUUUCCCUGUUAAUACAAUCACAAUAAACUAAUAACAUUUCGGUUUGUUUGCUCUUCGUUAUACAUACAUAAAUAUAUUUAUAAAUAUGUAUUUAUUUCUUGUAAAAAUUCUCCGCGACUUCGGACUGUUUGUUUAAUCUCAUCAAUGAAGGGUUAUUGAAUGUUUUUUUCUGGUUUA